AUGCGGACGAUGCCAUCGGUCGUCGCCGCGUCGCCGAUCCCGAGCGCGCGGGCGACGCGCGGGCGAGCGACGCGGCGCGUGACGACGACGGGACGCGCGCGAAUAUUCCAACCGCUCGGGACCGCCGCGCGCGCGCGCCCGGUGGCGCCGCGCGCUCUUCGCGGGCGAGGCGACGGCGGAGCGCUCUGCGCGAUCGCGCCCGCGUCGACGGAAGAUGGGACGACGGCGGCGGUGAAGAAGCGGCGGGUGGCGAUCUUCGUCGAGCCGAGCCCGUUCUCGCACGUGAGCGGGAUGAAGAAUCGAUUUCUGCGCCUGAUUGAGAACCUGCGGGAGAUGGGGGACGACGUGGUGGUGAUCACGCCCGAUCGUAAUCCGCCGGCGGAGUAUCACGGGGCGAAGGUUAUCGGAUUGAGAGGUUUCGUGUUGCCGUUUUACGGCACGGAUACGCUGCUGUGCUCCUUCGGCGUGAGCGGAGAGGUGUGGAGGGAGUUCAGGGAGAGACCGCCGGAUUUGGUGCACUGCGCGGUGCCGGGAGGGCUCGUGUUCGGGGCGAUGACGUACUGUAAGCUCUUGGACCUGCCACUGGUGCAGUCGUAUCACACGCACAUUCCGCACUACAUUCCGAGGUACACGUGGGCGGGACUCGUGAAGCCGAUGUGGGACCUGAUUCGGUUCUGGAACGGCUACGCGGCGACGACGCUGGUGACAUCGAGCAUUUUGGAAAACGAGCUUCGCGGAGAGGGAUGCACGAACCUGCAAGUUUGGGAUAAGGGCGUGGACACGGUGUCGUUCAACCCAAAGUUUCGGAGCGAGGAGAUGCGCAAGAGACUCAGCGGCGGGCGCGACGGCCCGAUUAUCGGGUGCGUUGGUCGGCUCGGCGCGGAGAAACGUUUGGGAGAUCUGAAGGAUAUCUUGGCCAAGUUACCUCCGAACGUGAACUUGGCCAUCAUCGGAGACGGUCCCGAGCGACAAAAGCUCGAGAAGCACUUUGAAGGGACGAACACCGUGUUCACGGGUAUGAUCACGGGUGACGAUUUGUCCGCCGCUUACGCGUCUUUGGACGUCUUCGUCAUGCCAAGCCCGAGUGAAACGCUCGGUUUCGUCGUCAUGGAGUCCAUGGCCUCGUCCGUGCCGGUGGUCGCAGUCGCCGCUGGCGGUCUUCUCGACAUCCUCACAAAGCCGGGCGACGUCGGCUUGCUCUACCCGGAGUAUGAUUACGACGCCGCAGCAAAGCACGUGACGAUGCUCCUCGAGGACGACGUCGAACGUAAGAGAAUGGGGGAAGCCAGCCGUAAGGACGUAGAGAAGUGGGGUUGGAUGUCGUCCAACAGAAAUUUGCGCGACAACCAAUACACCAAGGGCCUGGCGAGAUUCUUCAGGUUACAACGACUCAGAAACGUCGCCAAAGCGAUCGGCGUGCGACGACGUACGGCGGCUGCGAUCGAUUUCCUGAUUUCUGGUCAGUACAUUUUGCAGAUCGUCGUCUUUACGGCCGCCGUCGGCGCCUUGAUCUACGCUAGACAAACCGGACCGGCGGUUGCGGCGUCCAAGGUGAAGGCUGCUUUCGUCGCCUCCAACUGGCUCACCGUCUCGGAGGCCGCGAUCAAAGAAGCUGGCCCCGUCCUCGCCCCGGCGUUCCUCACCGCGAUCACCACGCUAGCGGCGAUCAUUCCGUUCGUUCCCACCCAACCUCUGUUCGUCAUGGCUGGCUUGUUCUUUGGUCCCGCGUACGGCGCCGCCAUCGGACUGUUCGCCGCGGUGUGCGCGGCGGGCAUUUCGUCCGCGACAAGCCGCUCUCGUGGGUACGGAAAAAUCAGCGAUGCGAUCGCCUCGUCGGGAGUCGGUGCCCCGGCGCGUCGCUCGAUCCGAGCGCAGCUGCGCAAGGUGAACCGAGCCGUAAGCGGCGACGGCGACGCCGUGAUCCAAGCCGCCAAGGUGGCCGUCAUGCGUCUCCUCCCGCACGCUCCCUUCACGGUCACCAACUACCUCUUGGGUCUCACUCAAGUGCCCGUUCGUGCCAUCAUCGCCGGCACCGCCCUCGGCAUGGCCCCGUGGGUCGCUUUCUACGCCAUCGUCGGCGCCAACAGCCGGGCUCUCGUGCGCUCUGGCGGCCCCUCUCUCGCCGACGUCGCCCACAAGAUUUACACCACCGGCACCGCCCGCAUCCCCGAUCUUCUCACCACCACCGAGUUCGCCCUGGUCGUUCUCUGCACCGUGUUGCUUUUACUCAGGCCCGCCGCGCCGGCGGAGCCACUCCUCGACUCGCGGUAA